AUUAAUAUACAUAUUUAUAUACAUAUUUAUCUAUCUACAAUGGCUUAUCCCACUCUAUUUCUUUCUAAAAUUAUCCCUCAAAUGUCAGAACUUGUAAUACAAAUGGUACCAAAAAUAUGGUCGGGUAAUACAGUGCAAUUAUCAACUAGUUAUUCAAAUGCAUUUCGAUUCUACUGUCAAAAUAUAUUUAAAACUACUCAAAUUUCUAACUCAUGUAUUCUCGUCGCUUUAUUCUACAUAUAUCGAUUACGAUAUACUUAUCCUUCUAUACAAGCAUCUAUGGGGUCUGAAGUGAGACUAUUUACAACAGCACUUAUUUUAUCAAAUAAGUAUUUAGAUGAUAAUACAUUUACAAAUAAGACUUGGUCUGAAGUAUCUGGUAUAUCUUUAAAAGAAUUAAAUAUUAUGGAAAUAGAAUUUUUAACUGCUUUACAGUAUAAAAUUUGUGUUCACCACAAUCAGUUUGCUUCAUGGGCAAUACAAUGUCAACAGUGGAUGGCUCAAUUCGUAAUAACUUCACUACAAUCGCUGCAACUGCAAUCGCCAAUUUUAGAUUCAGUAACAUCUCCAAAUACGCCGAUAUGCACUACUAGAAUGAUGAGACAAACUAAUAAUAAUAAUAAUAAACGUUCCGCUGAUCAUUUUUCAAUAGAGAAUAAUAUAACUAUUUCAAUAAAAAAAAGGCCGAUACUUCCUCUUACUAAUAAAUAUCAGCAGCAACAAACAAUGGCCAUGUGGAAUCCUAUAUUUAGUCGGUCUUCUUCUUUAAAUCAUCCUGCUGCAGCUACAGUGGCGACUGCUGCUGCUGCAUCUGCCAUGAAUGUAAACUAUUCAAGUUUCAUUCCUAGGGUUUAGAUGAUAUAAUACAUUUAUAAUAUAUACCCCUUUUACCUUUAAAUUCUGUAGAUCCUUUACAUAUCAAUUACACAUUCGUUUUUUUUUGUUUUGUUUUGUUCUGUGUGUGU